AUGGAUGUCUCCCUCAUCUCAGCCGCUGGCAACGACUCGAUUUUGGAGCACACACCUGGUGCUGAUGAUGUAUCAUUGCGACUGAAUUGGAGAAGCGGUGUGGAGUCAGCGUUAGUGAAGGAUAGAGGUGCUGCCCAGGCCGUACAGGCUACUUCCGCUGGGGACAUGACGUACAAUCAUCACGAUUGGGGUGUUUGGGUCGAUCAACUCUCAAGUUUCCCCGAAGCCGAGAAGAACUUCAAAGUCUUGGCUACGUCCACGAGUACUGAGGUUGACAGGGAGUUCAUCGCUGUUGUGGAGGGUCGAAACGAAUUCGAUGGGGUAUGGGCUGUUCAGGUGAUUUUAAAGUUAACAAUCUUGUGA